GAGUGUUUGUUAGGAAUCAGGUGUUUUUGUGCUUCUUUGAGGAUGAUUGUGAUUAAAAAUGUAAGGCCCAGUUCCCUGACGAGGAUUAAGAGACGCUGGGUGAGCAGGAUUAAAUGGGGUGUCCUCCUGGGCCUGAUGGUCCUCAUCUAUGGUUCUCAUGCGCCACUCAUCGCCCUCACCAAGGUGGACGGUCGAGUCCCUUUCAACGCCGCCUCGUGUGUUCUGAUGAUCGAGCUAACUAAACUCCUCGUCUCUUUGCUGACUCUCUUCUUCACCAGAGGCACAUCGACCCUGAACGCUCCUCCAGAUCUGUUCCUCAUGGCCCCCUACGCGGUCCCUGCUGUUCUUUACACCCUCAACAACAACCUGGUUGUUCUCAUGCAGGCCUACAUGGACCCGAGCUCCUACCAAAUGCUCUCUAAUCUGAAAAUAGCCUCGACUGCCUUGCUGUACUCCGUCUGUUUGGGCAAAAGGCUGCAGCUGGCGCAGUGGUUUGCUGUGGGGCUCCUCAUGGCUGCGGGGAUCUGCCACAGCUACAGCAGCCUGGAUCUAGAGGACCCCGUUCAGGCUGAAGCUGAAAAAGUUCCCAGGCUUCACAUCACAGCUUGGGGGCUUUUUCUUGUGCUGGUGUACUCCUCUGUGUCAGGGCUGGCAGCAGUUUACACAGAGAGGGUCCUAAAGAGCCAAAAGUUGCCCCUCAGCCUGCAGAAUCUCUACCUCUACAUGUUCGGAGUGGCCAUCAAUGGGAUGUCCUCCUUCUCGUACGCGGCGGGGGACAAAGGCCUCCUGGAGGGCUACUCAGGAGUGGUUUGGGUCAUCAUAGCGGGACAGGCAGCGAACGGACUCCUGAUGUCGGUGGUUCUAAAGCACGGCAGCGGAAUCACCAGACUGUUUGUCAUUUCCGCCUCCAUGCUGGUUAACGCUCUGCUCGCCUGGAUCAUCUUAGGUCUGCGGCUCACGCCUUUUUUCCCCGUACCUUGUGCAAUGAUUGGACUGGCAGCUUACCUUUAUUAUAGAUAAAAGAGCAUCGCACAAAGAAACUACGACACCUCAGAAGAUCUUGUGACUAAACUCGGUGAGAAUUCAACAUGUAUUUGUGUUAAUGGUUCGUACCACAAUUUAAAAUACUAAAUGUUAUUUUAAGCCAUGUUGACUGUUACAGGUAAUUACUACCAUGCUUUAUCAUCAUAUGAACUCUGGAAACAGCUGUCUGAAAGUCUUAUAUGUGCAAACCAAUAAAUUGUCAGAACCGUG